AUGACUGUACCGAACGAAGAUGCUUUAUUAGAUGACGACGGCGAAAAUUUGCAAACUCAAGACGCACAAUUUCUACCUGACGAACAAAUUGAUAAGUUUUCUGAACGUGUCAAAUGUCAUCCUGCCACUGAUGCUCAGUUGGCAGCUGAAGAAGAAGAAGCUCGUCGUCAAGAAGAGGAAGAAAUUGAAAGAAAACGUGAGGCGGCCACACAGGCAGCUCUUGCUAAAGGAUUAAUAACACCAGAACAAGCCUCUGCUAAUAGUAAAAACAUUUUCUUCACUAUUGAAGAUGAAGAUGACAAUGAUAGUCGGGAAUAUACUGACUCAUCUAGAACUAUGAUGCAUGACAGUUCUUCGGCCGAAUCAUCAACUAAAAGUCGAGAGGCUACACCUCAUGACGAUGACUCACAAAUUUCUUCUUUAAAUAAACCACGUAAUCCAUCCGAACGUCUUUUUGUACAAGAUGAAGACUAUGAUGAUGUAACCGAUUAUGAUGAUCAGUAA